CAGUCUCUGGUCAUCUCCUGUACUGUGUCCGCAGUCUGUGGUCAUCUCCUGUACUAUGUCCGCAGUCUCUGGUCAUCUCCUGUAGUAUGUCCGCAGUCUCUGGCCAUCUCCUGUACUAUGUCUGCAGUCUCUAGCCAUCUCCUGUACUAUGUCCAUAGUCUCUGGUCAUCUCCUGUACUUUGUCCGCAGUCUUUGGUCAUCUCCUGUACUAUGUCCACAUCUCUGGUCAUCUCCUGUACUAUCUCUGCAGUCUCUGGUCAUCUCCUGUACUCUGUCCACAGUCUCUGGUCAUCUCCUGUACUAUGUCUGCAG